GGCCGCUGCUGCGUACGUGUGACGGGAUAGCGUGUAAGACACUAGCAAGCACGGCGACGAACCUCGUCGUCCCCUGUGCACGUCAGUGCACGUCAGAGGUUCCUCGGUGACCCCUUUCAACACAGCGCUGCGGUGCUGCAUCCUGCGACGCGUCUAAAUGCCCCACGCCCACGCCAUCGGGCUAGGCUACAGCGGGCCGACGCGCCGAUGGCGCAACGACGGACGGCCAUCCGCAGGGCGGUGAUCUAUUCUUAUCGCUGCGACGUCCACCAAAAAAACUAAGGGGCGCCCGGCCAAAAAAUGCCGCCCGCGCGGGCCGCCGACGAGGCGCACCUCUCCUGGAUCCUGCCCGUGCUCUUCCUCGAGUUUUUGGCGAUUGCCAUCACCAAAUCAUUACUUCCGGAGAGGCUGAACGCCUUCUUCGGCGAUAACGUCUACGUGUGGCUCGGCGCGGGCGAGACCGCGAAAGGUUUUUUGGCUUUUUUAGCAUGCCCCAUGAUGGGGCGGCUGAGCGAUUCUACGGGAAGACGACCCUGCCUGCUGUUCACGAUACUAGGAACGACGGCGCCCUGCUGGGUCCUGGCUUUCACGGACAACUUGAUCAUCUACAUCGUCGCCUUGGCGGCGUCGGGCGCGGCCGCGGCGACGUUCACGCUCGUCUUCGCCUACAUAUCGGACGUCACGCCGCCGUCGGACCGAGCGGCGGCCUACGGGUCGGCCUUGGCGACCCUGGGCCUCUCGUUCACCGUCGGGCCGCCCCUUGGCGCGUUACUAUCAAGACGCGUCGGCGACCGGCGCGUCUUCCUCGUGGCUCUAGCUAUCGCGUUGUUCGACACAUUUCUGGUCGGGGCCGCGCUGCCCGAGAGCCUGCCCCCUGCGAAGAGACAUCACAAACCUAUGUGGGACCCGCGGCGGACGUUCCAAUUACUAGAGAAGGACUUGUACCUGCGACGCGUCGCGGGCGUCGUGUUGUGCUACUAUUCGGGUGUCUGGGCCCUAGUGACAACAUUAGUAGUGUACGCGGUGCGCGUGUUCGGAUUGAGUACGGUGCAGGUGGGCUACUUACUAAGUCUCUACGGGCUGUGCACCAUGGUGGCCGAAUCCGUGAUUGUGAGGUACGCCGUGCCUCUAUUGGGCGAGCUCCCGACGGCGCGUUUGGGUCUGCUGGCGUUCGCGGCGCAAUGUUGCAUCGUGGCGGGCGCGACGUCACCAGAACCGCUCUUCGCCUCGGUGGCGCUUUCAUUAGUUUCUAACCUCGUAUAUCCCGCGCUCUCGGCCCUCGUCGCGCGGCGCGCGGAGGCGACGGAGGUGGGCGAGGCCCUCGGCGCGCUGAACGGCGUCAAGGCCCUCACGGAGGGCGUCGGGCCCCUCGGUUUUGGCCUGGUCAUGGUCGAGUUCGAGCGGACGGCCCUGCCGGGCCUGCCCUACCUGGCGUGCGCGGCCCUGGCGCUCCUCGCGUGGGCGCUCUCGCACCGGCUGCCCGAUUUACAAAAGGACGAGGACGAGGGCGACGAGGAGCUCGUCGGGCUCCUCGCGGCGGACGACGGCGGCGUGGCGGCGGAGGACGCGGCGGCGAUGGAGAAGCGGCGGCUCAAGGCGCUCGUCGCGGGCUACGCGCCGCCGCUGACGCUCUCCCCGGCGGCCUUCGCGGCGGGCGGUAGUAGUAGUAGCGCGCCGGAGCGGGAGGUGCCCCCUGCUGCCUAA